AUGUCCCCUUGUAGAUUCGCCCGCUCCUGUCCCUUCUGCGAAGUGCGGUCGCUCCUCGGUCAUCCUUCUCGAAGCCUGCAACCGCAACUCCAGCAAAUCCGACUUUAUACCCAAGUACAGCGCGAAAGAGGUGAACGCCAUGGCACACAGUCUUCAAGACCCGGAUCUGGGUUCUCAAGACCCUCAAGAGGGCGCGACAACCCCCGCCCAGCGCGCAUGGUGCUCUCAGACACGGUAGCGCGAACACCUCCAUCAGACGAACGGCCUGCCAGGAAGAAGCCAGAUGCAUUUGGCCAUCUAAACCGGACAGAGGCGCCACGGGGCCUAGAAAGGAUACGCGAGCAGAGAGAAACGAGGGGAAGUAGACCUGCAACGGGCAGAGAUGAUGGGAAGCGGAGAUCGAGACCGUCUGACCCUUUUCACGCCUUGAAGAUGCAGAGCUCUCUCCACCAGGUACCACAAAGCAACCGAACCGCCAUCAAGCGCAAGCUGGAACAGUACGAUUCCUUUGACAAGUUUCCGCUCCUGGAACCAAUCCUGCGCGCCGUAAACGAUGCGCUACCCAACCUCGAAUACCGAAACCCCACGCCUGCGCAGGCCGUCGCUAUACCUGCUCUACUCGGUAUACAAAAGACGACUCGUACGAAAGUGAAAUCGAAAAAGUCUGGCCCGGAGGCUUUCUUGCUGGCUGCGGAGACGGGAUCAGGGAAAACAUUGGCAUAUCUGCUCCCUACUCUGGAUGCUAUCAAGCAAGAAGAGCUUCAGGAGAAAGACGAGGCCGAGGAACAAGCACGCAAGGAUGCAGAGGAAGCAGAGACCAAGGCACACGACCAGAGAACCGACAUGUUCGCUGCAGAAGAGCCAGACAUCAACAAAGCUGUCGAUCCAGCGCGACCCCGAGCCAUCAUUCUCGUCCCGUCCGCCGAACUAGUCGCCCAAGUCGGUGCUGUCGCCAAGUCGCUCUCACACACCAUCAAAUUCCGCGCCGCCCCCAUCUCAGCAAAAAUGUCAGCUACUGUCAUUCGAAACCAGCUGUUCAACGUAAAUGGCGUCGACGUGGUAAUCAGCACACCCCCACUACUUGCCAGCAUCGCCGAAAGCAACCCAAAUAUCCUCGCACGAGUCACACAUCUUAUCUGCGACGAGGCGGACUCGCUCUUCGACCGUUCUUUCAAGCCCAGCACCACUGAGAUCAUCGACCGAGCGACUCCUUCAUUGAAGAAGAUUAUUCUCUGCUCUGCGACUAUUCCAAAGUACUUGGACAAGUAUCUCGCGGACAAGUUCCCAGACAUGCACCGCCUCGUUACCCCGAACCUUCACGCUAUCCCGCGAAGAGUGCAACUUGGUGUCGUAGACGUGAACAAGGAUCCUUACCACGGCAACAAGAUGCUCGCCUGCGCGGACACGAUAUGGCAGAUUGGCAAAGCAUCUGGCGACUAUGAUCCAGCCGAGGGCAAAGAGGCCGUUCCAACAAAACGCAUCCUAGUCUUCGUCAACGAGCGCGAGGACACAGAGGAAGUCGCACAGUACUUGAUGAAGAAGGGCAUCGAUGCUCUCGCUUUCCACCGCGACACGGACCCUUCUCGACAGGCCAAGACUCUGGCUUCCUUCACCGGCAUCUCGGAUGAGAAAAUCGCUUCCAAUGCUUCUGACGCCCCGAAAUCACGUUCCUCGGAACCGCCGAGCAAGCGUACACUUCCCAAUACCAAGGUUAUUGUUACUACGGACUUGGGUUCAAGAGGUAUCGACACUGUUUCCGUACGUCACGUCGUUCUGUACGAUGUCCCGCAUACGACUAUUGACUUUAUUCAUCGUCUGGGACGAACGGGUCGUAUGGGUAGGAGAGGAAGGGGUAUUGUCCUGUUAGGACCAGGUGACAGAGCUGAUGUUGUUAGAGAGGUCAGAGAAGCCAUGUUCAGGGGUGAAGCGUUGAUCUAG